CGUUUACAGUUCAGAUUAAAGAGAACGCACAGGUUAUUUGUAAAUCUCAUGUUUGAGCGAGUAGCGCCGCCACGAGUAAAAAUGCAGAACUACAGUGGCACCAGUGCACUUGAAGGGCUAUGAAAGGUUCUCUGGCAAAACAAUGGGAAGACCUGGAGAUAGAGGUGAGGUGGAUAUGCAAAUCGUGGAGACCCCACCACACGGAAUCACAGAGGUACUUGCGGCUGCUUUAAUAGACGUCUACGUCAUCGGUGCCCGGGGAGCAGUUCUUUGGGGUUAACUGCCUUUCUCAAGGACAGAACGGUAUAUUUUUUUCACCUUUUUUUCACCUUCACGGAUCAGGGAUUCAAACCAGCGACAUUUCGGUUACUGCCCCAACGCUCUAAACCGCUAUAAGCUAUCUGCCUACAAAGUUCACUGCAUUGAGCUCAGGCACCUAUAAAUUCACCUAAGCGAAAUUGUCAAUAUGGGUACAAUGCUGGCCCUUUCUCUUCAGAGAGCUAUUCAUUCAUAAUUGAUGGGGAGACUAAAAUGAAAGUGAGAAGUGAGGCUGUCUCGACCACCUUUCAUGUCAGAUGGCCACGGGAUGAAAGGUAGAGAGAUGUGGGUGUGUGAGGUGCAGAGACUGAGACGAGAUGUGGAGAGAGUAAAGUAGACAGCAGACAGACCGACAAUGGAUUCAGAAAUGGGGGCAAGGCAUUGCUGCUGCUGCUGCUGCUGAUGAUGUGGACAGAGGGACAGGAGGACCAGACUGCUGCAUUAACAAUGAAUGGAUAUUCAAUCAGACAGCUCAUUCCUGAAGUUGAGAACUGAGAAUGCAGAGAGAAUAUUCCUGACCCUGUGAGAGCUGGCUGCCCUGUGAUGUGUGAGUGCCCGGCAGGACCCCCCUCCUGUCUCCCGGGGGUCAGCUCUGUACCUGGCGGCUGUGGCUGCUGUAAGGUGUGUGCUGCCCAGCUCAACCAGGACUGCCACGAUUCACACCCCUGUGACCACCACAAGGGGCUGGAGUGUAACUAUGGCAAUGACGUGGGCCACACUCAUGGCAUCUGCAGGGCGAAGCUCGAGGGUCGCCCCUGCGAAUACAACGGACGGAUCUACCAGAACGGGGAGAAUUUCCGGGCUGGCUGCAAGCACCAGUGUACGUGCAUUGAUGGGGCGGUGGGCUGCGUGCCUCUGUGCCCCAGCCACGUGCCUCUGGCAUCACCCUCCUGCCCUGCCCCUCGCAUGGUCAAGGUGCCUGGGCAGUGCUGCCUCAGUAUCGACUGCCACAAGGGCUCAUCCAUUGUACCCCCAGUACACGGGCACCCACUGCCUCCAGCCUACCCGCCUUUCCCCUUCAUGCCCCACCCUGCCUACCCCUACAAGCCAUACCACUACAAACCCAAGGAUACCAUGGGAAACGAGCUGGUGGAGGUAGAGAAGACGUGGGACAAGCUGCGCAGGCACAAGCACCUGGCGGCAUGGAGGCAGUUUGGAGGGCAGUGUGUGGUCCAGACCACGAGCUGGUCCCAAUGCUCACGCAGCUGUGGGAUGGCCGUGUCCUCUCGUGUCACCAAUGACAACGCCCAGUGUAAGCUAGUGAAGGAGACGCGUCUGUGCAACAUCCGGCCCUGCAGCUCCAUGUCCAUCCCCAUCAAGAAAGGGAGGAAGUGCUCCCGUACCCACAAGGCCCCAGAGCCCCUGCGUCUGUCCUAUGCUGGCUGCCGCAGCACGCGUCUCUACCGGCCCAACUACUGCGGCGUGUGUGUGGACGGCCGCUGCUGCUCGCCCCGCCGCACACGCACUGCCUCCGUGACCUUUGCCUGCCCUGAUGGCGAGCGCUUCGACCACUCCGUCAUGUUCGUGCAGUCCUGCAAGUGCAGUGAUAAGUGCAGUCAUCUGAACGAGGUUGCCCUCCCGCCCCAGCAGUGGCUCUACGGAGACACACACAAGUUCACCGACUAGCGUCCCCCUCAAAUCCCUCACUCGCUCCCAAUCACUUUACCCCCCCCCCCCUGCCAAGCCCCUGAUAGAGUAGUAGUCCUAAGAGUAUCUUUGAGUAGACACUAGCCAGAUGCAAAGAUCCCCACCACCCUCCUGGAGCAUGUUUUGGGAGGCCUGGGUGAAGGAAUUUGAUUGGUUGAUCUGCAUUCUGGACAGAGAUGAGUGACUAGUGCCGGCCUUAGAGUAGACACCCGGUCCUUUGUGGUUCAUCAACCGGAAUCACCAAAGUGUGUAAAUAGACAAAUAUGGAUUUGCCCAGUCACUAUUUUGUCACUCCCCAUGCACUCCUGUACUCUGGGACAGAACCCACACUUUGGGGACAAUAGAGAAAGGUGGGACACACCCAAUGCAGACUCCAAGCCAGCUGCUGCACACAAACCCAGUAGACUUGUGGACGGUAAGGUGUUUCAUUUCAUGGUGAUGGCCAGCAUAGUAGGCCUGUCAAUGGCAAGCAGGUCUGGUUUGAGUGGAAGGAGAAUCAGACUUGCAUAGAAACAGUGACUUCUCCAGUAGAUUUCCAAUACCUGCUAUUUUCGUAACCAAAUGAAGACACUAAAAGACAAUGUUUUUGUGGGACAGAAGAUGGACGCUCUAGAAGGGACAUUUUUGUAUUUGUAAUGAUAUUUAUUGUUGUGACAGAGACGAUGACGCAGUGGUUGCCAAUGAAAGAAGCGAUGCUGCUAUGUUUGGAGCGGCAUGACCGGAGGGCCCUGAGAGAGACAAAACAGCUGAGAUCUGUCAGCAGAGAGAGGGGAGUUCCAUGAGGUCUGGGACUUGACCCCUGGUCUCAGUGUUCACUGUCAUCAAACAGCCACAUUACCUGAGCAAUAGUGGACGAAGACAACUCUCCAAGGAGAGAUUUUAUGGUUAGACAGACUGGCGCAGAAGCUGUUGGCUGAGGCUUUGUGUGUGUGUGAUAGGUCAUUAGAUGUUGGACCAGUCCCCAUUUUCUUACUCCUCCAUGCCUCAGCCCUGAAACAGUGAGACAUUUAACCUAGCGCCAGCGGAACAAGCCUCGGAUUCUGGCAUUGAGAAGUCGUGUUGCUGAUUUGAAGCAAAUUACAAUCCUGACUGAGGGGUAGAAAGAACCUCAGCCAGCCUUUGGUUUGUUAUAAAAAUAAAAAUGCAUGCAUAUGAAGUAAACAUGUAAUUUGUAACUAGCGGGCGGGACCGUUUCAGACUCAAUCUGGCCUGUAAUAUAGCAACUGAUCCACAAUACUCCACAAAACAAAACUCUUACUCAUGUUGCUUUAUGUUUGCGGUGUCAAAAUCUGCUCUCUGCCAUUGAAGGAUGACAUGUCGACGAUAUCAUGCUCAUUAGAGACUGAAGCGGACAUGAGGACACUACAAAGGGGUCAGCACUACAUGAUUACAAAUGGCCUCCUUUGCAUAGACAUGUCAGUCUGUUAUAGCACCUCGAGGAGAUUAGCAUAAGUUGUUUGAAGUUGAGGUUAAGAUUCUGUAUUGGUGAGACAUGGACCUCUAGAAUUACUAAAAUGCCAAAUUCUUCCCUAUUUGGGAAGGGUUGAUAAUUCAUGCACCUUAGCCUUGUUCAUGACUGAAUCUGAAUGGUAUAUCUUAGACUAAAAUAUGUAAUUCACAUGCUUUUCCCUCUUGACUUCCAUGAAAAGUAUUAGAUUCAAAUAUUGAAGCCCAUAUUACAUUAGUCCAUGAGUGUUAUUUUUAUGAUUCAACUUUUUGUACAACUUCUAGGUUGGGACAGGUGUUCAUAGUAGCCUCACACAGCCUGUUAGGUGAUAGACUAAGAUAAAAAUUGAUGUUCUGAAUGGUUAGACACUGCCAUCAAGCUUACCUAUGUAGAUUGUGAUUUGAGAAGUCUUUGGUUUUAUAAACGACACUAUAGAGCAGCCAUGUACAGAUGCAUCCUUGUUUGCUUUAUACAGACCAAUCCAUUUGAGUUAUAAUUUAAAACCAAUUAACCAGUCCAUGUAUAGCUAGCACUGAGCAAGUCUGGGCUCUGAUGUGGGCACAGCACACACUGCCAUUUCCAAUCUCUGCGCUUUAUUGAGCAAGUGAUUGAAAACUUGUAUAAAAACAUAUCUGGUUGUUUUGUCCUAACUUCGAUUUACAGGCUAAUUGAGUUCAUGCUGCAUUUGGAAUAAAGUAUGUUGAUGUAUUA